CCUUCUCUAGUCCACCCGCAACACACUCACUCACACCGUAAACGACGCCUCCACGCCGGGCAGAAAAAAACAGCUUUUACCGGAUAAAGUGAACAAGCAAUGGGGCCAGUAAAGAAGAAGAAGUAAGAGGUUUUUUUGUGGGGAGAGAUACAAGUGUGCGCGUCGUGGGUGGCUUUGACUGGAAGUGUUCCCGUGUGGUGGCUGUUGAUAUACAGGAUUGUGGUCUAAAGUCCACUUGGAAUGAGCAGUUCCAGCAAGACUACACAUUUCCUGCUUUUUUCACGAUUCAGGAAUUACAGUCAACCAGGCGGCCUGUGUGUGUGAGAAUAUGUUUGUGUAAGCAAAAGCUGGCGCAUGCACCCCGCUCACCACGUGCGUGGUCGUGUGCGUGUGUGGAGAUGAAGGCGAGCCGCUCCUCAUCACUGCGGCUCCUGCUGCUGCUGUUUGGCUGCUGCGGGUGCGUGGCGGCCGCCUACCCGUUCAGACCGCCGCCGGACCUCGACGUGACUCCGCGCGUCACCGUCUUGAGCAACAAUCUACACGGCUGCAGGCGCUUCAGCUCCUCUUCCGCCGUCAACUACAGCACCAUGUUGCUGGAGGCUGACGGCCAGCGCCUCUACGUCGGGGCCCGCGGCGCCGCGUUCGCGCUCGACUCCUCUGACAUCUCGGCCGGCCCUGCGCUCACUAUUGCGUGGGAGGCCUCCCCCGAGCAAAAAUGGCAGUGUCUUCUCAAGGGAAAAGACAACAAGACGGAGUGUUUUAAUCACAUCCGCUUCCUGCAGAGGUUCAACUCCACGCACCUCUACAUGUGCGGGACUCACGCCUUCCGUCCUCUGUGUGCAUAUAUAGAUGCUGAAAAAUUUGCAAUGUCUCCACCCGAAGAGGGCCGAGACAAAUGUCCCUACGGCCCGACAACGGGAUACGCCGGCCUCAUCGUCGACCAGGAGCUGUUUACCGCCUCCCAGUAUGAAUUUAGAAGCUUCCCAGAUAUCCGUCGUAACUCCCCCACACUGAAGACGGAGGACGCUCCCACGCGAUGGCUGAACGAGGCCAACUUUGUGGGCUCAGCGCUGGUGAGGGAGAGCUUGAGCAGCAGCGUCGCGGGCGACGAUGACAAGAUCUACUUCUUCUUCACCGAAGGAGGGCAGGAGGAGAGCGGAACCUCCGGCAGCCACAGCAGGGUGGCGCGAGUGGCUCGGAUUUGCAAGGGGGACCGAGGAGGCCGCCUUACACUCCAGAAGCGAUGGACCUCCUUCCUCAAGGCCCGGCUCACGUGCUCCUUGCCCGAGUACGACUUCCACUUCAACGUGCUGCGCAGCGUCUUCGUCAUGCCCGGCGACACGCUCUUCUACGCCAUCUUCGGCCUGGGCUGGAAAAACAUAAAGGCGUCUGCGUUGUGUCGCUUCUCGCUGUCUGAUGUCCAAGAGGCCUUCCGAGGGCCUUACAUGGAGACCCAGGACUCUGGCUCCAACUGGAAGGAAUACAGUGGAAAAAUUCCUGACCCGCGACCUGGAACGUGUAUCGCAGACGCCACGAGGGCCAGGGGCAUCAAUUUGUCCACCUCCCUGCCCGAUGACGUGCUCAACUUUGUCCGAAGACACCCGCUCGUGUCGCAGCAGGUCCAGGCUUUAGACCGCCGCCCCCUGUUGUUCAGGAGGACCACAGACUACACGCACAUGGCUGUGAAUGCGGUCCGAGGCUUGGAUGGCCGAGAAUACCAUGUGUUAUACAUGGGAACAGAUGAAGGCUGGCUGCACAAGGCCAUCCAUGCGGAGGGUCAGCUGCACAUCAUCGAGGAGCUGCAACUGUUUGAAGAACCGCAGCCGGUUGAAAAUGUACUCAUUUCUGUCAAACAGAGGAGCGUGUACGCGGGCUCUCCGUCAGGCGUGGUGCAGCUGCCCCUGUCCAGCUGCCGCAGGUACGCUUCCUGCUACGACUGCAUCUUUGCCAGGGACCCUCACUGCGCCUGGAGCGGAGACGCGUGCGUGGACGUCUGGGCGUACGCAGACAAAUCUACGUUAAUCCAGGACAUCCAGCAAGGCCGCGCGGGGUGUGACAACACUCAAGGCGACGUGUCCACGCACAGCCGCUCGGUGCGCGUCGGCGACGACGUGCUCUUGCAGUGCGAGCUCAGCUCCAACCUGGCCACGCCCCUGUGGACGCUGGACGGCCAGGAGCUGCACGGCUACGGCCUCAGCUCCGGCUUCCGGACCGGAACCGACGGCUUACUCGUCAUCCGGGCGCGGCGGGAGCAGAGCGGCCGUUACACCUGCUACGCCCUGGAGAACGACAUCCGGGUUGCCGUGGUUACCUAUAACGUCACCGUCGCCCUCGACCCGACCCUUCCGCCCACGGAAGACCCUCGCCGCCGCUUCGUCGCCUCGCUGCCGCCCGCUCCCUCCGAGGGGGCCCCGGCAUCUCGGAUGCCCCAUUCGGAGCUGCUCUCUGCCAAGAACAUGGAGGCCGUGUACCUGUCCCUCAUCACCAUCCUGGGCAGCCUGUGCGUGGUUCUCGCCGUGGUGCUGUUCUACCUGGGCUUCUGCCUGCAAGUGGGCAACCAAGGGAAGUACUCUCUACGCACCGCAGCCGCCACCUACCCGGGCGUGAAGAGAAACCCCAAGAAGCGAAAUUCCUCCCACUUGGAGCUGAAGACCAUUUCUAGUAACGGCCACGGCGUCCACAACGGCGUCUCCAAGGUGCCUAACGACGAGAUCCACGCCGGAGGCUUCCUCCAGAUUGUCCCAGGCGAGGCCUACACCUCGCCCAACACGGAGAACGACGCCCCGCCGCCCCCGGCCCCUCCGCUGCCCACCACGCCGGAGUGCAACUUCGCCAACGGGCUCUCGGCCACCCUGCCCAAUGUCCUGCGGCGGAUGAACGGCAACAGCUACGUGCUGCUCACGCAGAGCGACGCCGAGAGCGCCGCGCCGCUCUGCUCGUCCUUCGCCGACGAGCUCAACAGGAUCCUGGAGAAGCGCAAACGCACUCAGCUGAUGCCCGGGCCGGACGAGAGCUCCGUGUAGGCCGCGGCGAGAAGACUGAAGUUUCUGAAACGCGGCAGGAAAGGAAUGAUGGUGAAUGAUGGUGAAGGUUUGAAAUUGAGGGGGAAAGAAAAAAUCUUUCUACCUCACUUCAUUUGUGCCCUGAGGGACACGUGCAGCUUUGAGGAGACCAUUUUCAAACUUGGAAACUUUCCAUGGGAAUUUAACAGAAAUGUGGGAAUAAAUGGAAAUAAACCAGCUAUUUAUUUCUCGGGUUACUCCGGUUACCUCCCCCAUUCCGAAAACAUGCAUAUUAGGGUCUUUGAAGACUAUAAAUUGUCCAUAGGUUUGAAUAUGAUUGUGUAUGGUGAUUUGGCAAGAUGUCCUUUGAAUUGAAGAUAUGGGACGGGACGCCAAAUUAAAAGCCCUGCUAGCCUAGAAGCAAGGUUAUAUAGGCUAAUAAAAUGUGGUCAAAUUGGUUCCUUGUUUUAUAAUUUGACCUUCUGCGAGCAAAUUAACGACCAUAAUUAACAUCAAACUUACAUCAAAGAGAGAAGAAUAGUCCCGAGGUGUCCGGCCCGCAGCCGCGCAACAAACCUUUUUUGCCCAAAAAUCAACUUCCAAAAGGCCAGACACGGAACGGACAUGGCGUUUCGAAAUCAUGUGACGUGGCUAUAUAACCGGCGACGUAGCAGUGCUUCCCCGCUACCCCCAACAUUGCCCAUCUUUCAUUCCUGUGGAACUCCUUCGCAAGCUUUUGGUGAAUACACUGUAAAUAAGAACGUGUGGAGACUUCCAUAUUUGGCUGGACUCAAACCGGGAGCUAGCCAAAGUUUGUUUGUACUAACCCCGUGCAAAGAUGGGACUAUUAUUUUUUGUAUUAUUAAAUGUGCCAUUCACUUCUUUUUAGACUACUCACAAAAAAAUGAAGGCACUCGUCGUAGUGGGACACGCUGCUGCCGUUCAUUCACCGAAGGUCACAACAAUUGUUCCCCCAAAAUGUCCUAGAACCUUUACACGGCCACUUCUAUGCCUUUCAGUGAGUCUUCCAGUAUCUCCGUUUCAACCUCCUGAUGUGUCACAGGGUGUCAUAAGCGGGUUGCGACAGAGAGACUGGAAGAUUGACAGGUGUGGAAGUAAAGCUUAUGGUGCGUUUUGGUUUUAUCUGGAAAUCUGUUUUGGGGUGGGUAGUGUUGAUGAAUAUUGAACCAAGGAGGAGGAACAUGACAACAUGACUUUUUAGUAACAUUCUCUAUAACAGUGGUUCUCAAACUUGGAUCCGGGGGCCACUACCUAAAACUUGGGGUUCACAAAAUACUUUGCAAUAUUGUACAAUAUCGUAUCAUUUAAGAUUCAGUCAAAUCUGAAAUUGGUGCAUGAAUUAAGUUUUUUUUUUUUAACAAAAUGUGGUUAUUACAAAAAUAGUAAUAUUUUUUCGAGAACAAAAAUGUCAUUUUUUCAAGAAUAUACUUUUUGCCAUAUAAAGAGAAUAAGGUUGGUAAUAGUUGUUUUUCAAUUCAAUUCAAAACGACUGCUUACGACUUGCUCAUACUUUUUGAAAGAAAAAGUUGAAUGUGUAUGUAAAACACAUUUACACACUAGUCAUUUUUAUUUACAGUAAAUCAAUUAGCCAAUUGAAUGAGCUAAAUACAUAGCAAAAAAUGAAUGUAUUGUUAAUUUUGCUCAUUAAAUUAUUUAUUGUAAAUAAAGUCAAAUAUAUAUAAGUAUUUUACAUUUUCUUUCAACGUUUAUUUUAUUGUAUUAAAUUGGUUAAUUAUAUUAUGGGCAUGAAAAUAUUUAUUCAAAUCAACUUUUAUUUGUUCCGAUAACUUCGCAGCAGUUUUCUAAAUUUAGUUUAUUACAAUUUUUUUUUUUUUUUUUUAUUUUUAUUCAUAGACCUCAUGAAACAAUUGGUUAAUUGAUUCAUUGUAAAGAAAACAUUCUUAAAACAUCACUUUAUUCUCGUAAGAUUACGUCUACUUGUCUGGUGGGGGAAAAAAGUCCAGCUAUGUUUUUAAGAAUAUGACUUCUUGAAAGAAAUGACUAUUCUGCUAACGUUACAGCUUCUUUUUUUUUUCUCUCUCUCUCUCUCUCUCUAAAAAAACAAUCUGACAAUCGUAACAUUCCAAGUUUUUCUUGAAGCUCGACGUUUUACACGCGUCUCCUUUAAGAGGUCCCUGGACCCAAAACGUGGGAGAACGAACCCCUGCUCUACAUGAAUGAUAUUGGAGCCACAAAUGCAUGCAGUUGCCUUAAAGAACAAUUUCAUGAAAUAUGACAUUCUAUUUGAAGUCAUUGGAUACUAAUCAUGUUUUGAAGGCUUUUCAAAUGUUCAACUCCUGACUGAGUCUCCUACUAAUAACGUUGCAUUUGGUGUACACUACACUUACAAACUAAAUCAAAUCCAAAAUAUAUUUCAAUGAAGUGAUGUUAUUUGUUUGGAAAAGAUUUGAUUCAUUUCAACCCUGUGUGAAAUAUGUUGGGUGGGUAUUGUUUUGAAGUGAAACAGCAGUUUUGAAAGGCUCUCGAGGACUCCGAUAGCAACAAGCCAGAGGACAUUUUUGGAUGUAGGAGGACGACCGCAGACGUCACACAAGUGGAACAGACGGACGGACGCGGGACAGCAAAGGCAUGUCAAUGUUGCAGCCGAGGUCAUUUAUUUGUCUCUUUUUUGGUGUGUGCUACUUGUGUAUUUUUGAACAAACAUCGAGAUUUGAAACUAUGAAGCAUGACGCUGGCAACCACGCUGGGCAUUCGGCUAGCGAGAUUAUGUUGGGAAUAUGAAGUGGCUCCAUUUGAUAUGCAGCCUUUCCGUGACCUCGUUCGUACCGCAAAUCACUCAAAUCGCCGGUUCCUGUUGAAAUCAAGAGAAAUGACCAUCUGUUCCAGACCAAAACAUUUGAAAAAUAACAUUAUGCAGUACUGUACACUAUACAAACAUACAGUAAUAACACUGAAUAGAAUGUAAAGAAUGAAACCGUUUUUGUGUCAUGAUUUCAUGCUAUAAUUCAAUGGACAUGGUGCUGCUCCUUUUGGCGUGUGCACCUUGGCCACCAGGGGGCAGUGAAAUACGUUACACUGUAAAUCUGCAUAGUCGUGGUUCAACAUUUGCAAAUUCACCAAAUCAAGAUUUCAAUUCCAAUUCUAUUUGCAAUUGUUUUUGGUUUUUUUUUACCCAAUCCCUCGCUUUUUUAAAUAACAAAUCAUGGCGAAUAUAAUGAGCCUAAUUAUUUACGGGUCUCUUUCAUUUGUGGUCGGGCACAGUCCCUAUCCUGAAAUGUACUGUACUGUGAAUGAAACCUGGAGACUGUCGCAACUAUAAACCAUCCAUCCAUCCGUUUUGUGAGCCGCUUCUCCUCACUAGGGUGAAGAAGGGCGUGCUGGAGCCUAUCCCAGCUGUCAUCGGGCAGGAGGCGGGGUACACCCUGAACUGGUUGCCAGCCAAUCGCAGGGCACAAACAAACAAACAACCAUUCGCACUCACAGUCACGCCUACGGGCAAUUUAGAGUCUUCAAUUCAUGCAUGUUUUUGGGAUGUGGGAGGAAACCGGAGUGCCCGGAGAAAACCCACGCGGGCACGGGGAGAACAAGCAAACUCCACACAGGUGAGGCCGGGGAUUGAACCCGGGUCCUCAGAACUGUGAGGCUGACGCUCUAACCGGUCGUCCACCGUGCCACCGCAACUAAACUAUACUGUGUUUAUUUUUCGAAUAUAUGCUCUGUCUGCAUGUGUUGCUGCACUGUUUGUGUUCAAAUAUCCAUUUCAAGGUUUUUACCUUCGUUUAUUUGUGCCCUGCGAUUGGCUGGCGACCACUUCAGGGUGUGCCCGCCUCUCGCCCAGAGUCGGUUGGGUGCAGCACGCCCGCGACCUUAGUGAGGGUAAGUGGUAUGGAUGGAUGGUUUAAAGCUACCGAAAUAUCAAUGCUAGAUUUGUUAGACCGUCUAUGGCGUUUCACAUUGUUAGCAUUACACUAAUGCACUACAUUAGUCUUAGUAGUGUGUAGUUUAUAUUCUGUUCACAGGAAGUCACUAAUCCGCCUAUUCUCUGCACUCUAUCAGUUAUGAUCUCUUAUGACUCAGCUUUUCUUCUUGUUAUUGCCACGUGUUGUUUUUAUUUUUCGCGUAUUCCGCCACACUUGUGCGUCCUUCACUGUUUCACUUCACUGACGUCAAAUAGUGACUGAAUGCUAUUUGCCUUUCGCGUCAAAUAAACUUUGCACUUCUAA